AUGGCGGCGGCGGCUCCGCUCAGCCACCGGGGCCCAGGCUGGCGACUAGACGUCCUGGGGCUGCGACGCCGUGCGGCCAGCAUUCCGGGCGUUACAUUUGGAGGUUCCACCGAGAUUGCUGCAGCCGCCUUCAGGCUCCAACAGACGCUUCUUGGGGACCCUGCCGAUGAUGUUGCAGACCGUGAUGUUGCCUGUGAAACCAGCUACCCCUUCCCCGCCGCCCUCGGCCCCUCCGUCCUCCCGGACUCACAACCUGAUCUGAUCCUUUUAGACUCUCCUCCGCCCUAUCCUAGGUUAACAGGUCUCGUGGAGCCCUUAAUGUUCUCCCGUCAACCCAUUUGGGAUGGCUGUCAGCAACUCCUGGGAACCCUCUUCACCACUGAGGGGAGAAAUAGGCUCCUAGAGGCGCGGAAAAAUGUUCCCGGGCGGGACGGACAACCAACGCAAUUGCAAGACCGCAUUGACGACAUCUUCCCCCUGCGCCGCCCAGACUGGGACCCUAACACCCUGGAAGGUAGGGAGCAUCUGUCCUCCUACCGCCAGGCUCUUGUGGCAGGUCUCCGGGCAGCCUCCAGGCGGCCCACCAAUUUGGCCAAGGUAAGGGAAGGCGUUCAGGGGCCCCCCGAAUCGCCCACAGUCUUUUUAGAGAGGUUAAUGGAGGCCUAUCGGAGGUUUACGCCCUUUGAUCCGCAAUCAGAGGAACAGAAGGCCUCGGUGGCCAUGGCCUUUAUUGGCCAAUCAGCUGCGGAUAUAAGGCGUAAACUACGGUGCCUUGAUGGGCUCCAGGAUUUGACUCUCAGAGACCUAGUUAAGGAGGCAGACAAGGUUUUUCACAAAAGGGAGACAGAGGAAGACAAGGCAUUGACUAAAAUCCUGGCCACAGUAGUUAGUAACACAGAGAAAGGAAGUAGAAAGGGAGGGGACCUGGGUCCACGAUGGCGGUCAAAUUUGGACUCGGACCAGUGCGCAUAUUGCAAGGAGAAGGGCCAUUGGAAAAGAGACUGUCCCAAAAGGCAGGACAUGACGGCAUGGCUUGAGGAAUACCCAGAUGCUUGGGCCGAGAAAGCCGGGCUAGGGCUGGCAGAAAAUCAACCCCCAGUGGUGAUUACCUUGAAGACCUCUGCAGUCCCAAUUCGAGUCAGGCAGUACCCCAUGAGCAGGGAGGCUCGAGAAGGAAUCAGACCACAUAUUCAGAAGCUAAUCCAAGAGGGGGUUUUGAGGCCCUGCCAGUCAGCCUGGAACACACCACUCCUCCCUGUCAAGAAGCCAGGAACGGGAGACUACCGACCAGUACAGGAUCUGAGGGAGAUUAAUAGUAGGGUACAGGACAUACAUUCCACUGUACCUAACCCCUACAACCUUCUAAGCACCCUCCAACCUGACAGAACCUGGUCUACUGUAUUAGAUUUGAAGGAUGCUUUCUUCUGUCUACGGCUUUGUGAAAGCAGCCAACCAUUGUUUGCCUUUGAGUGGACUGAUCCAGAGGCCGGGAUAGCGGGGCAACUGACCUGGACAAGGCUACCCCAGGGCUUUAAGAAUUCACCCACCAUUUUCGAUGAGGCCCUCCACCAGGACCUGGGUCCCUUCAGAACCCGACACCCGGAGGUGACUCUGCUCCAGUAUGUAGACGACCUACUGUUGGCUGCGCCGUCUCAGGAGGAAUGUGAGUAUGGGACCCGUUCCCUAUUGCAAGAGCUUGCUCAGCUGGGGUACCGGGCAUCAGCUAAGAAGGCCCAGAUAUGUAGGCGGGAAGUAACUUUCCUAGGAUAUACUCUCCGGGAAGGAAAGCGGUGGUUGACGGAGGCACGGAAAAAGACUGUUGUGCAGAUUCCCGUACCUGCCUCCAGGAAACAACUCCGAGAGUUCCUGGGGACGGCCGGGUUCUGUAGGCUAUGGAUCCCGGGGUUUGCGUCAUUAGCCGCCCCACUUUAUCCACUUCUAAAAGGGGAUGCGGAAUUUUCCCUGGGGCCAGAACAGCAGCAGGCCUUUGAUGACAUCAAGAGGGCCCUAUUGUCAGCCCCAGCACUGGCACUCCCCGAUGUGAGCCGAGAAGUCCUAACUCAGACCUUGGGACCCUGAAGGAGGCCAGUGGCCUAUCUGUCCAAAUGUCUGGAAUCAGUAGCAGGAGGAUGGCCCCGCUGUUUGAAAGCUAUAGCUGCCGCCGCUCUGUUGGCCAAAGACGCUAACAAAUUGACUUUGGGACAAAAAUUGACCAUCAUAGCCCCGCAUACUCUGGAAAGCGUCAUCAGGCAGCCCCCAGACCGAUGGCUCUCAAAUGCACGCAUCACCCAUUAUCAAAGCAUUUUAUUGGAUAAGGAUCGAGUAACCUUCAGGCCCCCGUCUACCUUAAACCCUGCCACCCUGCUCCCGGACGAAGCUGCGGAUCCGGUCUUGCACUCCUGCCAGGACAUCUUGGCAGAGGAAGCAGGAAUUCGCCGCGACCUGAAGGACCUUCCAUUACCCAACUCAGAAGUAACCUGGUUCACGGACGGUAGCAGCUUCCUGCGAGAUGGUAAGAGACAUGCGGGGGCGGCGGUAGUCAGCAGAACUAAGACCAUAUGGUCAGCAGGGCUGCCAGAAGGGGCCUCAGCCCAGAAAGCGGAGCUAAUUGCUCUCACAAGAGCCUUAGAAUUGGCUAAAGGAAAGGCCACCAUCUACACUGACAGCCGCUAUGCGUUUGCUACUGCUCAUGUAUAUGGGGCCAUAUACCAGCAAAGAGGACUACUAACCUCAGCCGGAAAGGACAUUAAGCAUAAGGCUGAAAUCCUUAGGCUACUGGCGGCAGUUCUGCUGCCCACCGAAUUGGCUAUAGUCCAUUGCCCCGGUCAUCAGAAAGGAUCAGACCCCAUAGCUGCAGGGAACCGGCGGGCAGAUGAGGAAGCAAAGGCAGCAGCCCUUCGAGGGGCAGAAGUUCUAGCACUAGUGACUAAGACUCAUGAGGAGAACCUGACACCCAUAACUGCUGAGAGUAAGGAACAACAGGCGACUUCCUACUUACAGCAUGUUCAUCAGCUCACUCAUCUAGAUGCCAGAAAAAUGCAAGAACUGCUGAGGGAACAACCCUUUUCCUUAACGGCUACAGAAAACAGGAGGUUGACGGAACAAGUAGCUAAGAAUUGUCAAGCCUGCCAGGUUGUGAAUGCACAUCCAUCCCAAACCUCAGAGGGAAAGAGACUAAGGGGGAAUGGGCCUGGCCAAUUCUGGGAAGUGGACUUUACUGAAAUCAGGCCAGCCAAGUAUGGGUUAAGAUUUCUCUUAGUUUUUGUAGAUACUUUCUCAGGAUGGGUAGAGGCCUACCCCACCCGGAGGGAAACAGCCCAAGUGGUGGUAAAGAAUUAUGGAAGAACUUUUUCCUCGGUUUGGACUGCCCCAGGUAAUUGGGUCAGACAAUGGACCUGCUUCCCGUGGCCCAGGUUAAAGGCUCUGGAAGGGAUCCAGUAAUUUGUCUGGAAGCCGUUGGCCUCCGCUUAUCAACCAGGAGACCUUAGAGUGCCCCACUCAUUCCAAGUCGGAGACUCGGUACUCGUAAGAAGACACCAGACUCACAGCCUAGAGCCCCGGUGGAA